AAGAAAGCAAAGAAAAGAGCAGAGGGAGCCAGCUCCAAUGUCUUCUCCAUGUUUGAACAGACCCAGAUUCAGGAGUUCAAAGAAGCUUUCACUAUCAUGGACCAAAACAGAGAUGGUUUCAUUGACAAGAAUGACCUGAGAGACACUUUUGCAGCUUUAGGCCGUUUAAAUGUCAAGCAAGAGGAGCUUGAUGAGAUGCUGAAGGAGGCACCAGGACCGAUUAAUUUCACAGUCUUUCUCACCAUGUUUGGAGAGAAACUUAAAGGUGCUGACCCAGAGGAGACAAUUCUCAACGCUUUCAAAGUCUUUGAUCCUGAGGGAACAGGAAGUUUGAAGAAAGACUUUGUCACAGAGAUGCUGACGACCCAGGCAGACAGGUUCUCCCCUGAGGAGAUGGACCAGAUGUUUGAGGCUUUCCCUCCAGAUGUAGCAGGAAACCUAGACUACAAGAACCUGGUCUAUGUCAUCACACAUGGUGAAGAAAAAGACCAAGAAUAG